AUGUAUUCCAUUACUCUCGUUUCUGCUAUUUUAUUUGUUAUUUUUACAACAACAAAUGCCCUCGAAUGUAGACCAGUUCUAUGUAUGAUUGCAUGUCCAUAUGGUUUUGAAGUAGAUGCACAAGGCUGUCCAUAUUGUUCAUGUCGUAAGACACCUAGACUUUGUCUUGAUCCAAUAUUUGGUUAUAAUUGUGGUACUGUCGAUCAUCGUGAUUGUCCAAGUUCACAUGAAUGUCAUCUUCAUUUCAGUAGUCUUCAUGGUCAAUGUUGUUUGAAACUUUCUGAUUCAACAACAUCACGACCACCUACAAGCACAAGUACUGCUCGUAUAACAACAGCUGCAGCUAGUACAUCUACUCAUCGUUCAUUCAAUCGUAUAUGA